GCGCUCAUUGGCUGUUUGCUGAGUCGCGUCUUCGUCAUCGUCAUUACUAUGCGCUGCGCAUCAGCUCGCGGAGCUCCGUAUCAGAGUCUAUCACAAGGACCUCUCGCCAUUCACACAGUUUUCUAUCGUUAGAUUGACCUUCCAAUGCGGACUUCACGAGUGUCUCGCGACACGUCCCGUAUCGUCGCCGCAAGCCGCACCCAACGAGCGCUACGCCAGACCCGAAGCGCGACCAAUGCGCAGACCCCUAUCAAACGAGAGACAGCAGACUCAGCCUCCGAUGGAGAGGCGCGACGAGUGCCUAUGAAGAGGAAAAGGGGUCAAGAUACUCCUAUCGUCGUGAAGCAGGAGGUAGAGGAAACAACGAUCGCUGGAAUCGCAUCGCCGAAGAAAAGCGAAAAGGUCAAAAAAGCCCGACGCGCGCCUGCGAAGAAGAUUAAGGGCAACGAUGGGUCUGUGAAGAUGGAGCCGCCACCCAAUUGGGAGGAGAUAUACACCCUGACGAGAGAAAUGCGGAAUGAGAAUGUCGCGCCGGUAGACACUAUGGGGUGCGAGAGUCUGGCGGAGAAGAACAGGUCUCCUCGAGAUCGACGAUUUCAGACACUUAUAGCCUUGAUGUUGAGUAGUCAGACGAAAGACACCGUCACAGCGCCCGUCAUGCGAGGCAUGCAGGAGAAAAUGCCUGGCGGUUUCAAUCUUGAAUCUGUCCUGGCACUAGAGCCGCCUGCGCUCAACGCUUUCAUCAACAAAGUGGGUUUCCACAACCUCAAGACCAAGUACAUCAAGCAAACUGCGGAGAUUCUACGGGACAAGUGGAAUAGCGAUAUUCCAGACACAAUCGAGGGACUUGUGUCACUACCUGGUGUCGGGCCUAAGAUGGGAUACCUCACUUUGAGUGCAGCUUGGGGCCGGCAUGAAGGUAUUGGAGUCGACGUCCACGUCCACCGCAUUACCAACUUAUGGGGCUGGCAUAAGACUCAGAAUCCAGAACAAACACGUGCCGCUCUGGAGUCAUGGCUGCCAAAAGACAAAUGGCAUGAUAUAAACAAUCUGCUUGUGGGCUUUGGACAGACUAUAUGCUUACCUGUGGGCAGAAAGUGUGGUGACUGCAAGUUGGCAGAUAGAGGCCUAUGUCCCUCAGCAGUGGUAGCUAAGAAGACGAAAGUGAAGAAGGAAGAAGCCGUUGUGAAAGUCGAGGCACCCAAUGGCGACGAAGAGGCAGCAGUGAAGGAAGAGACGGUGGUUGCUGAUGUUGGUGAGAUCAAAGCUGAAGAUGUGGAGGGUGCGAUAGACAUAGAGGAUAUUGGGCAACCGCCACGCAAAAGGGCACAGAGGAAGAAGUAAAAUAUGACUAGGCAUAUUCGAACACAGUCUCAUGUUUUAUCGCGUCAACUUGGUAUUCCGACAGCGGAAGGCGGACCCUGCCGUCAUGCAGACCGCAUCGCGCCUUCCAGUCUUCACCAGACAACAGAAUAUCACCGAGCUUCCAUCGCCAUCUCCUGCAUGUACUCAUCAAGACUGAUCUGAAAUCACUACUCACUGUCCUACUUUCGCGUCACGA